AUGGCACCUAAGAAGAAGGGCGGCAAGAAGCAGGCCGACGACUGGGAGAACGAGCUCGGUGAGACCGUCGAUCCGAUAGCCCAGGCUACCGAAGAUGCGAAGCGGGCAGAAACCGAAAACGAUGCCGCUGAGGAGGUAAACGGCGGUGGAGGAUUGCUGGCAGCUCUGCGCAAGAACAAAGACAGACGUGCAAAGAAGGGCAAACCGGUUGUCAAUGACUUUGUCGAGGGCGAAGAUGCAGACGGUGUUACCCCGGCCCAACCUGAGAACGACCUGGAUGCGAAAGCACCCACCGAAGCAACUUUUGAUGAUGAGGAUGAUGAUGUCUUUGCGGGCAACGCUCAUAAGAAGACCAAGGGUGGCAAGAAACAACAAGAAAAGGACGAGCAACCUGCUAAUGCAGAUGGCGAAGACGCUGGCGAGGGCGUGAAGUCCAAGAAGGAGAAGGAACGCGAGAAGAAGGAACGUGAGAAGCAGAGAAAGAAAGAACAGGCUGCAAAGAAAAAGACUGUCGCCCCAGCACCAGGUCCCAAGGUUGAGGAAGCGAAGCCAGCCGCACCUGAGAAGGCCGAAGCCCCUGUCGCCGCAUCAGAGAAAGAGGACAAAUCGGGCAAGAAAAGAAAAAUUCCUGCACAUCUCGCUGCUAUUCAAAAGCAGCAAGAGGCUCUUGCUAAGCAGCGAGAAGAGCAGGCUAAGUUAGAAGCCGCCGAAAGGGCCGCCGAAGAAGAGCGCCUGCGACAGGAAGCGGAAGAGGAGAAAAAGAAAGCUGAGGCAAGACAGCGAAAGAAGGAGAAGGAGAAAGAGAAGAAGGAACAACUCAAGAAAGAAGGCAAACUCCUCUCAGAGGCUGACAGGAAAAGGAAACAGCAACAAGAACUUCGCCUUAAACAACUCCUAGAAUCCGGCGUCAAGGUUGCAGGUUUGUCCGAGGGUGUCGAAGAGAAGAAGAAACCCGCCGUCGACAAGAAGCGGAAGGGCCCGAAGAAGGAAGAGAUUGACCUCGAAGCCGCUGCUGAACGAGCGAGACAGGAGGCUGAAGCUGCGGAAGCAGAACGCCAACGUCUGGCCAAGGAAGCUGAAGAAGCCGCCGCCGCCGCCGCUGCAGCCGAAGCAGAUACUGCAAAACAGGAAGAAUCUUCGGAGCUUGACGAUUGGGAGAAGGCAGCUGAUGAAGACCUUAAAGAGAGUUGGGAUGCCGAAUCAAGUGACGAAGACGAUGAAUCUGCCGAAGGUGCAUCAAAGUCAGCUGCCAACGGAAGCGCUUCAAAGACGACUGGAACCAAUGGAGCAGUCACCAAACCAACCACAUCGUCAAGCCUGCCUAUACGGGAUUCAGGGCGUCCACCUAAGGAGAGGCCGAUCGAAUCCGACACGGAAUCAGAAGAAUCCUCUUCGGAAGAGGAAAAGACUGCCACCCAGCGAGCGCUGGCAAAGAAGAAAGCCGAAGCAGCUGCCAGGAGAGCCAAGGCUCACGAAGAGGCCCUUGCGGCCCGGUCCAAAGAUAACCUGCGUUCACCUAUCUGCUGUAUUCUGGGCCACGUCGACACGGGUAAGACGAAGCUCUUGGAUAAAAUUCGACAGACAAAUGUGCAAGAAGGUGAAGCAGGUGGUAUCACUCAGCAGAUCGGUGCAACCUAUUUCCCCGUGGAUGCUCUGAAACAGAAGACAGCUGUUGUCAACAAAGAUGGCCAAUUUGAGUUCAAAGUGCCGGGCUUGUUGGUUAUCGACACUCCUGGUCACGAAUCUUUCUCCAAUCUCCGAUCACGCGGUUCCUCACUUUGCAACAUUGCCAUCCUCGUUGUCGACAUUAUGCACGGCCUGGAGCCGCAGACUCUAGAGUCCAUGAAACUGCUUCGCGACCGCAAGACGCCGUUCAUCGUGGCCCUCAACAAGAUCGACCGUCUUUACGGCUGGAAGAAAAUUGAUAAUAAUGGUUUCCAGGACAGUCUUGCUUUCCAGUCCAAGGGGGUGGUGGCCGAGUUCGAGAGUCGACUUGCUGAGACCAAGCUUGCCUUUGCGAAAGAGGGAUUCAACUCCGAAUUGUUUUAUGAGAACAAGGAUAUGCGCCGGUACGUGUCACUGGUGCCAACCUCCGCACAUACAGGCGAAGGCAUCCCGGAUCUGCUCAAGCUGCUGGUGUCGUUGACUCAGGAACGGAUGACGUCCAGCCUGAUGUAUUUGUCCGAGGUGGAAUGUACUGUUCUUGAAGUUAAAGUCAUUGAAGGCCUCGGGACUACGAUUGAUGUGGUACUGUCAAAUGGCGUUCUGCACGAAGGAGACCGAAUCGUGCUCUGCGGCACCGACGGGCCUAUUGCCACUAAUAUCCGGGCGCUCCUUACACCUGCGCCGCUCAAGGAGCUCCGUCUCAAGUCGCAAUAUGUGCACAACAAGGAGUGCAAGGCAGCUCUGGGUGUCAAGAUCGCUGCCAAUGACCUGGAAAAGGCCAUUGCAGGUUCCCGGCUUCUGGUGGUUGGACCUGAAGACGACGAGGACGACUUGAUGGACGACGUCAUGGCGGAUCUACAAAGUCUGCUCAGCAAGAUAUCCAAAGACAACCGAGGUGUCAGCGUCCAAGCUUCGACCUUGGGCUCUUUGGAGGCUUUACUGGAGUUCCUUAAGCAGAGCAAGAUCCCUGUGGCGAACAUCGCCAUUGGACCGGUGUACAAGCGAGAUGUCAUGAUGGCGGGCACUAUGCUCGAGAAAGCGAAAGAAUACGCGGUAAUGCUUUGCUUCGAUGUCAAAGUCGAUAAAGAAGCGCAGCAGUACGCGGACGAGAACGGCAUCAAGAUCUUUACCGCGGAUAUCAUCUAUCACCUGUUCGAUGCCUUUACCAAACACAUGGAAGAGCUCCGGGAAAAGAAGAAGGAAGAGAGUAAGAUGCAUGCCGUGUUCCCAUGCGUGCUCAGUCCUAUCCAGGUCUUCAACAAGAAGGAUCCCAUCGUCGUGGGCGUGGACGUUGUCGAAGGUGCCCUGCGGCCGUUGACACCCAUUGCGGUCGUGAAGACGAAUCCGGUCACCGGUGUGAAGGAAAUCAUUACCUUGGGCAGAGUCGCAUCGAUUGAGCGUGAACACAAGGCGAUCCCGAUCUGCAAGAAGGGCCAGCCGUCCGUAGCAGUCAAGAUCGAAGGACCCAACCAGCCUAUGUACGGACGACAGCUGGAAGACAAGGACACGCUGUACUCUCUGAUCUCGCGCAGGUCGAUCGACACGCUGAAGGAGUUUUACAGAGAUGAGGUGACGCGAGAUGAAUGGGCAUUGCUGAAGAAGCUCAAACCGAUUUUCGACAUUCCUUAG